UGCUCAGCUAGCUAAGAGAGGAAGUCACCUAUUCCUAUUAUUUGUUCCUUCUCGAUGUUUAUUAGGACAAAGAUCUUCGUUGCUUUUCUCAGCUUCAGUUUCUCCAAUUCUUCAGAAGUCGGUGUCGUUGUCUUCUGAAUCGUACUUCUGGGAUUCAUCAGCCCUCGAGUUCAGGGACAGAUGUAUGUAUGCUCCCUAUGCUUUGGAUGUUUCGGCAAGUGAUUAUCGUACUGUAAUUUGUUGUGAGCACACCUGAACGAAGCUGCCAUGAGUUUGAACCCCGUGUUGCAACUGUUAAAAGGCCUGUGGGAGGUGUGUGGGAUUCAGUUAUUGUUCACCUUAAGCUUUGCCUGCCAGAUUGUUCUCGCAAUAUUAGGCAGCCAUCGGAAAUAUAUGACGUCGAAUUUAGCUACAUUCAUCAUAUGGGCCACAUACUUACUCCUUCCUUACUUCGCAACAAUGGCGCUGGGCAAGCUUACUGUGGUCCGCAUCGAUGAUCCUGAGAAUCCGGGUUAUGAUGUGGUGUUGGAAGGGCUGUUGGCCCCGUUGCUUCUGAUGCAGCUCGGGUACGUAGACGGCAUGACAGCCUAUGCGGUGGAAGAUGACCGGCUGGGAAAGAGACAGGUGCUCAACAUUGGGGUUACGGCCGUCGUAGUGGUUUGCAUUCUGGUUCGAUGUGGGGACCGCUCGUCCCCCGUCUCAUGGCUGUACUUCCCCUUGUCUGUGGUUGGAAUUGGGAAGUCGGUGAGAUGGGUCUGGGUUCUCUACUCCGUGUAUGAUGAGAACUCGAGCGUGACCGCUGAGGACAUCAAUGAGGUAACCGAGAUUCCGAGAAAGUUCAAAGAGUUCCCCGAGGACGACAAGUUCGACUCUGCAAAGGACAUCUUGAGGGCGUACUUUCGGUUUGAAUGUCUGAAGCCCCACCUCCAGAACUGGCUGUACCACCCUCUAUUCAUAUCGCGCGAUUGGAUGUCCAUCGAUGAUUACCAUGCCAACCGUGCUUUCACCAUGACCGAGAUCGAACUGAACUUCAUGUUCGAUGUGCUCUACACUAAAGCGCCCGCUCUGUACACCAUAUUCGGCCUCAUAUGCCAAUUCCUCGGCUUCUUCUGCUUGGUGUCUGCCUUGUGUGCAUUCGCCAUCAUCUUCAAGAAUGCCUUCCUGAUCGAUAUGUAUGUCACCUAUACCUACGCAUUACUGAUGGCAGUCACAUCUCUCGAGCUUUAUCAAAUCAUGGCGCUGCCUUUUUCGGAUUGGGCAGUGGUGAAGAUGAGUAUGCACCUUAAGGUGCCGCUUGUCCAAAGGCUCCUUCCAUAUCUAGCCGAUCGGUGCAUGAGGAAGAAAAGAUGGUCGACGUCGAUAGGGCAGCUCAAUUUGUUAGACCACAACCGCUCAAACAAAGAAUAUCCGAAGCCCAUUGCCACGGUACUUGAUUGGUUUGACGAAAUGAAGACUAUCAGGUGGGAUCCGUUUUGCUCCCGCCAGGCCAUCCCCUCGUGGCUCAAGGUGCUGGUGGUUCAAACGAUGACGGAGCUAGAGAAGAAAAGAGACCACCGGCCCUUCAAAGAAAGAGGCAAGUGGACGCUCGAGACUCAAGACGUCCAAGAGAAACAAGGACUGAGCGGUAGCAUCGAGAGGAUUUUCGAUCAGAGCAUCAUUAUCUGGCACAUUGCAACGCAAAUCCUGCACUCAUUGGAGAGCGAGAACUCCGACGCUUGCAGAGGAAGCAAACUCUUAUCGGACUACAUGAUGUACCUCCUGGCUCGGCAUCCUUACAUGUUGACCCUCAACACUGCCGACAUUACGUUGGAGUACGCUUGUUGCACCCUGAGGCCUUUCUUAAGGUUCCGAGACUAUAAAGACGCAAUUAGCACACUGUCGUCACAGGAUGGAGAGGUGCCACCCCCCGUCAAACCAAGCAAGGAGACGAGGAUCACUCGCGACUGGCACGUGUUGUUGGAUGUGCAAAAGCUUGUGGUCGACCUAAGGUCGAUGGACAACAAGUGGGAGCUCAUUAGCAGCAUCUGGGUGGAGAUGCUGUGUCAUGGAGCAUCCAAGUGUCAUGUGUAUCACCAUGGCAUGCUAUUGAGAAAAGGAGGCGAGCUCAUCACUCAUGUGUGGCUCCUAUUGGCUCACAAGACCGACAAGCACCGUUCGAGCGAUGACGAGCUUUCUGAAGAUACCGCCAACACCACCGCCUCGGCCACACCUCACCCAGCGAGAAAAGGUCUUUCUAGUUGCAUCCAAAGGGUUUUUAUGGGGAAGAGAGAUACUAAUAUAUUUGACAAUCCAUAAAUGAACUUCGUCUUGUCACGCGUG